AUGACAGCGCCCGCCUUCUCGCGCAGAAUUUUCGACUGGCGCCGGCUCCGCGCAAAGGCGGAGCGGUUUCAGGCGGAGAUGAAGUCUGGCGGACUUUUUACCCAGGAAACGGGCACGACCGGUAGUGCAAGAACCAGUAGCCCCCGCGUAGUACUACAAAGAACGCCGCCACGGCAGAAGUUCCAGUUGCCGAAGAUGAGGGUUUACACGCACUCCUCCUACACGAUGCCCCUGCCCGCGAACCACCGAUUCCCGAUGCACCGUUACAAGGCGGUGCACGCGCACCUGGCCGAAAUUUUGUCGACCAAGGGCGCUGCGUGGACGGUUCCACAGGAACUACUCGAAAAUGGCACGGGAGGCCAUGCAGCUGCUUUCAGUGGUCGUGAAGUCGUUGAAGAUGAAGAGGAAGACCGCAACGCUGCGACCCUGCGGCGCGCGCUCAUGUCCCCGUUGACUUCGUCCGUAGUGGAGGGCCGCGACUUGAAAAACGCAGGAACUACUACGCUUUCACCGGUAGAAGAAACAUGCCCGCUCGACGUAGUUCAGGGGCGUGAAAGAGAUCCUGCUGCACAACUGCGAGAAGCGCUACCCUCCCCAGACGCGCUUCUCCGCAUCGACACCGAUGCGCGGCUUGCGACGCGCGAGGAGGCCGAGCUGAUCCACGAGAAAAGUUACAUCGACGCGUUUGAAGCGGGCGAGAUCCCCACGCGGGCGCUCGGAUUUCCCUGGUCGCCGGCGCUGGUGGAGCGCACCUACCGCAUUCUGGGUGGGACGCUGGACGCCGUCGAGGACGUGCUGCUGCAAACAGGGCUGAAGAGGUUCAGCUUGUUGGGAGAUCCUGUUGAUACUACAGGAACUACAAGUCUUCACGAAACGAGGCGAGAUGAACAAGCCUCCUCCUCCUUCUUCUUUGCCGGCGGCAACCUGGCCGGGGGAACCCACCACGCGUUUCCUGGCUCGGCGGAAGGUUUUUGUGUAUACAACGAUCUGGCGGUGGCUGCGCGCUACGCACAGGAAUUGUUAUUGGCUGUUCAAUAUGCAUUGCAAAAGUAUCGUACUAGUAUAAAUCGCAAUACAAAUUUUUCCAGAAGAAAGAAUCGAAUUUGUAAUGCUGAUUCGGCUAAGAAACAAGAUUUGUCAUGCAUGAUUGCGAUUAGUUUUAGUACGAGUACGAUACUUUUGCACAGGAUAUUCAACAUUGGGACGAAGGCGAAGGUCGUGGUGGAGGAAAUGAAACAAGAAGUGGAGACGAUGAGGAUGAAGCGCAAGCGUUUUGUCGAAGGGUACUUCUGGGAGGAAAAGGAGGACGACCAAGAGCAGCUGCCGCACCAACAGAGGGUGCACAAUCAGAACGAAAAAGCAUGAAGAUGUUGACGAAGAGGAACAAGAAGCCACAAAAGUUACAGGUGGUUAUCAUCGACGUGGACGUUCAUCUAUGCACUGCAAAUGCAUCGUACUCGUAGUAAGUAUUGCAAUACAAAUUAGCUCAGCAUGAGAAAUGGAAUUUGUCAUGCUGAUUUAGGUUGAAAAAGAAAUUUGUCUUGCAUGACUUUGACUGCGAUUAGUACGACUACGAUGCUUUUGCGCAGGAUAUCAUCAGGGCAACGGCACCGCUGCCUGCGUCGCGGAAGACCCGUCGAUUUUGACCUUUUCCCUGCACUACGAAGAGCAAAUACAACUUCAUGUCUGGGUCUGGAAAGUUGGAACUUGUCUAGUAGGCUAGCUUUACAUACAUAAACGUAAUUCCUGAGUGGAAAUCAAUAUUUAUAUUGCAUCUGAAAACCAACAAAAGUCGCAGGAGCCUCUUCUGUGACGCAGUUUCUGUAUCUGUUUCCUUUCUUUGUGGACUGCCUGUGCUUUGUGGACCGCCUAAAAAGUUUUAGCGCUCUGCAUAAAAUGAGAAAGCGUUCUGAACAGAAGUUGUCAUGCUGGGCUGCUGCUGCAUUCGGAAGUGUUUCCGUCAUCCACAUUUUUUGAGCAUCACAGAAUUCCAGACUCCAAGACGUAUUUGCAUGUGAUAUGCACGCCGAGCGCAACUACCCUUUCGGCGACCGGCGGCGGACCAGCGACGUGGAGCGCAACGUGGACAACACCGUGCGGGAGCGCGAGUAUUUGCUCGCGCUGCAGGACGGACUGCGGGAAGUGGACGACAAACUCGCCGCGGUGGGUAAAGCGGGAGGCACGCUACUAGCAGAUGAUGGAAAAAGUGCGACCCCUGGUGCAGGAGAUCAAGUACAACAAGAACAACCGCAGCUGCUCGUUCUCUUCCAGGCAGGUGUGGACCCGCUCGCGGAGGACCGGUUAGGGAAGCUAAAACUUUCCCGUGGCACUAUGAAAUGCAAAAGCAUCGUACUAGUAGAAAUCGCAUCACAAAUUUCCUCAGCAUUACAAAUUUGUAAUGCUGAUUUGCCUUGAGGAAGAAAUUUGUAAUGCAUAAGGGCAAUUACUACGAGCGCGAUACUUUUGCACAGGAUAGGGACCCUGUGGAAACGAAAUCAGCUGGUGCUCGAUUGGGUUCUACGCAAAAGUUCAAACGAAUCUCGCUAUUGCACACGUAUCAAUGAAGUUGUCCGGUCAAAAAUUGAAAUACGAAAAGUAUUUAUGAUCUUUCAAGUUGAAAGAACAUGUACAUGAUGAUGAUCACGGAGCUGUAAAAAAUUCUAUAUUUGAUGCGUUCUACUUCGUGCCCCUCUGCACACCACCCCGUGAAGGUUCAAUGAAAGGUUCAAUUAUGAUGAUGAUGAUGAUGAUGAUUCUUGAUCUCACCACGCAGAAGUCUUGGAAUUUUUACGAAUGCUGCGAUAGUAGUUUUGCAUAAGUAUACCUCCGACGGAAGAACGCGCCAGUGGUGAUCACGAUGGGCGGAGGGUACUCUCGACCAAUCGACUUCUCGGUGAAAGCCCAUUGCGAUGUGUACCUGCAAGCUGCGGCGGCAGCCUGGGGGUCGUCGUUUUCGUUAUAAGUGAUUGUCUUGCUCUUGCUCUUGUCGGGUUUUAAGUAGUUUCUGUAGGAGUUGAUGUGAACUACCACACGACGGCAUGCUCCGACAUUAGGACCACGCGAAAGAUGAAAAAGUGAAAUUUGUGCUGAAGAUGAAGCUCGUAAAAAGGAAAGAGCAACAGCAUAGACAUUAAAGCUGCAAGAGCGCAGUGUAUAAUUACCAUCCUGCCACCAGACUAAAAAGCACAAUCCGCCGCGGUGGUGUUUUGAUCCGAGCUUCGCAAUUAGUCAUCGACAGCUUCGCACAUGUUCCUCUUCUAGUCAAAGAUCUACCUCCUUGUUUUAGAAGAAAAAUAG